GGCGGCCGUUCCGAUUCCAGCAGUCGCUUUGCUUCGCAAGUUCCAGAUCCAUUGGAUGCGGGUUUCGGUGCAGUUGAGUUUGCGAGUGGCGGCGAGUGCACGGUGCGGAUAAAUCGGAAAACGGAGCUGAGAAAAACGCUAAGAACUCGACUGCCCGUGAGGAGGUGAUAAGAACGGUAUUUUGGCCGGUGGCGGGCAGGUGAUUAGCCGAUAAAUCUGUAAUUAUAGCGAAAUCCGCCGCAGUUGAGUGAAAAUCGUGGAAAGAAGGAAAACGGCCGAGUCCGUGCAUUCGCGAGUGCAGUGUCCGCUAGUGUAAGUUUUAGUGGACACCGUCUGUCGAGGAGGAACCGUCGUACAAAUUUCCCGAGCGGAAGCGUUAAAAUUUAGUAGAAAAUGAUGGCAUCGUACUUCGAACUUAUCGUCCUUCUGUGUCUGCUCCUGAUUCCCGUCCUGUACGAAACAUCACACGCAUUCCGCUACUAUUUUAAGUUCUUUGUUUACUGCUCGGUCGUGUCGACGUGCUCCAUUAUCCUGAUCCCGGCGAUGGCGUUUCGGCCGUUCGAGGUCCGCAAUCUGCUAUGGGCUAGCUCUUUGUGUCGUCACGUAUCAACAGUCCUAGGUUUGAAAUGGGAGUUGCGGGCAAAGGAACAUCUAGAGAAGGAUCGUGCUUGCAUAAUUGUUUCAAACCAUCAAAGUUCCUUAGAUAUUUUAGGAAUGUUCGACAUUUGGCAUAUUAUGGAUAAGUGCACCGUUGUCGCAAAGCAAGAGCUGUUCUAUGCAUGGCCCUUUGGCUUGGCUGCUUGGUUGUGUGGCUUAAUCUUCAUUGAUCGGGUCCGAUCAAAAGAUGCUCGAAGCGUGUUGAGCACGUCAACAGCAAAAAUUAAGGAGAAGAAUAUUAAGUUGUGGGUGUUUCCAGAAGGCACACGAAGAAACACCGGCGAAAUUCAUCCAUUCAAAAAAGGAGCAUUCCACAUGGCCAUAGAAGGCCAAAUUCCUAUCUUACCGGUUGUAUAUAGUUCAUACAUGACAUUCCUCAAUAGCAAAAAACAAAUACUCAAUUCCGGUGAAAUUAUAAUCACUGCACUACCAGCCAUUCCCACCAAAGGUCUAACAGUAGACGAUAUUCCCCGUCUCAUGGACGAGGUGCAUAAACUCAUGACAGAAACCUACCAAAAGACAUCACAAGAAAUCCUCUCACGUAAAAAAACAGCAAAAAUUGCCGACAUUAUCAAUGCAACGUCUAUCAAAGAAGCCGGAAAGAAAGAGGAGAAAGUCGAUGUUAGUAUCAAAAGUAAGGGACUAAAGGACGUAAUCAGAGCACAAUAGGGCCUAAUCACGGUGUCGGGACAGACAAACAGACAGCAGUGUGAUACUCGUAUAAUAUUAUUGAAUUUAAGAUUGAGAGAUACCAAAUUAAAACGGUCAAUUUAAUAUUCUUUUCUAGAGUAUAAUUAAAUUAUAUUAGAAUAAAGAAACGAAACUACUCUUUGAAGAGUAACUUCAAUAAUUCGGUAAAAUAAUCUGCUAUUUUUUGGGGGUCGACCUCGCUACCGAGCGAGGCAAAGGCUAAAAAACGAAGAUGGUGAGGAAGAAUCUGGUAUAAUUUUGUAUAGAAUGUGGAGUUAAUCGGGUAGACAGUGUAUUCUUCGUUUAAAAUAUUGAUAAGUGAUGUAUGUAUAAAAACUUGUAUUUUUUUGUAUUGUUAAAGUCGAUAUUUAAGGAGUUAUUUUUGAGUUUCUACUUUGUUUUUUUCCAAAACUCAACAUGCAAUAAACUUAGCAGUGGCUUAUUGCACUGAUUCUA